GAGCGGCGUUUUUAGCGCUGCUGUCAACACUUAACGUUAGAGUUUAUCCGUUAUAUUACUUAUUUAUUCCUUUUAAGGUUUUUAUGUGGAUAUUAAUUAUUUAACGUUGAUUAAUCAUUUAACGUUACCGACAGCUGGCGAAAAACGUUUACUAGCUAGCUAGCUUUAAUCUGUAACGCUAUACGUUGGCGUUAACCUGGCUAACCGUGUAACGGUAACGCUCGCUGGUUCGGGUCAUGGAUCAGUACAGCAUUCUUGGUAGAAUCGGCGAAGGAGCCCAUGGAAUUGUUUUUAAAGCCAAACACAUUGAGACUGGAGAGACGGUGGCUUUGAAGAAAGUUGCCCUUCGAAAGCUGGAAGAUGGGAUUCCUAACCAAGCUCUGAGAGAAAUUAAAGCUCUUCAGGAGAUUGAAGACAAUCAGUAUGUAGUAAAGCUGAAGGACGUUUUCCCCCAUGGCACAGGCUUUGUGCUGGUCUUUGAAUAUAUGCUGUCAGAUCUAUCAGAGGUCAUUAGGAACUCACAGAGGCCCCUGACUGAGUCUCAGGUCAAAGGAUACAUGAUGAUGCUGCUCAAAGGGGUGGCGUUCUGUCACGAGAACUCCAUCAUGCACAGGGAUCUCAAGCCUGCAAACCUUCUAAUCAGCUCUACAGGUCACUUGAAGAUUGCCGACUUUGGCCUGGCCAGGCUUUUUUCCAAUGAAGGAGAGAGGCUUUACAGUCACCAGGUAGCAACAAGAUGGUAUAGAGCUCCAGAGCUUCUGUAUGGUGCUCGGAAAUAUGAUGAAGGCGUGGAUCUCUGGGCAGUGGGCUGUAUUUUCGGAGAGCUGUUGAAUAACUCUCCUCUGUUUCCUGGAGAGAAUGACAUCGAGCAGCUGUGCUGUGUGCUCCGGGUCCUGGGAACUCCCAACCAGAAAGUGUGGCCGGAGAUCACAGAAUUGCCAGAUUACAAUAAGAUCACCUUUAAAGAAAACCCACCCAUUCCUCUGGAGGAGAUUGUGCCUGACACGUCACCUCAGGCCGUUGACUUGCUGAAGAAAUUUCUCGUGUAUCCCUCCAAGCAGAGGCUUAGUGCCAGACAGGCUUUACUCCAUCCAUACUUCUUUACAGACCCUCUCCCAGCCCAUCACUCAGAGCUGCCCAUCCCUCAGCGUGGGGGGAAACAUUCCCGCCAGCGAUUGCAGCCCCCCUUUGAGUUUUCAGUGGAUCGACCUUUACAUGAGAGCCUGGUGGACCCAAGCCUGAUCCAAAGGCAUGCAUGGGGGUGUUUGUAAGGCUGGUUGGUUCAUUGAACAGCACUUAGGAAGUGGCUUUCUUGCGCAGUGGCAGGUGGCAGAAGGAGCUUCAGAAAUCAAUGGACCAUAAGAAACUGUUAGAUUUCACAGUUGAUGUAAUGAAAAAGGCCCAGGGUGGCUUACUGAUUUACAAAAUGAUUAAAUACACCAGUGCUCAAAAAAUGAACAUUUUAUAAAUAAUAAUUCUACAGAUACACCAAUGAUUAACUUAAUGACUAAUUCCAAUUUCUUUUAUAGUCAAAUUGAUUUUGAAUUGGCUUCUUUUUAAAACAUGAAGAUCACAUUUUCAGCACAUAUCCAGUGUGUUAUAUAAGUCAAAGUUACAAUAUACACUGCUCAAAAAAAUAAAGGGAACACUUAAACAACACAAUAUAACUCCAAGUAUAUCAAACUUGUGUGAAAUCAAACUGUCCACUUAGGAAGCAACACUGAUUGACAAUUAAU